AUGGAAAAAGAAAACAAAAGACUUCAAGCUAAUCAAAAUGUAGUGACCUGUAAACGGAUGAAACUGGACUACGAGGAGAUUACACCUUGCCUUAAAGAGACCACGAAAAUGUGGGACGAGCUAUUAAAACGCGAUCCAAACGAUUCAUCACUCGAAUACCUAUUAAAAAAUAGUAUUAAAAAAGGUGUUCCAAGAUCUAAACGAGGUGAAAUUUGGCAAUUUAUCGCUCGAUAUAAUAAACAAAACAAUCGCAUGUUAAACGGUGGUAAAGACGUUGGUACCAUUGAUCCCGAUCAACCUUAUCGACAAUUACUCCAACAAUUAACUGCUCAGCAACAUGCAAUUCUUGUUGAUUUGGGUCGUACUUUCCCCAAGCAUCCGUAUUUUUCACAAGCUCUGGGCGCUGGUCAGUUGUCACUUUUCAACCUACUCAAAGCUUACUCACUGUUUGACAUUGAAGUUGGUUAUUGUCAAGGACUCAGCUUUGUUGCUGCUAUACUUUUGUUACAUAUGAAUGAAGACGAAUCAUUUGAAAUGAUGAAAUAUCUUCUCUUUCAUCUUGGAUUAAGACGACAAUACAAACCGGACAUGAGUGCAUUACAGAUGCAAUUAUAUCAAUUAACUCGACUUCUUUAUGAUUUUCAUCAUGAUAUUUACCAACACUUUGACACUCAUGAUAUACCACCCACUUUAUAUGCUGCCCCUUGGUUUUUGACCCUUUUUGCCUCCCAAUUUCCGAUCGGAUUUGUUGCUCGAUUAUUCGAUAUUAUUUUUCUAUUUGGAAUCGAAGCGAUAUUCCGAUUAUCUAUCGUUUUAUUGGCUACUUAUCGUGAGGCCAUUUUAUCGUGUACAUCGUUUGAAACGAUAAUGGAACUAUUAAAAUCGGAAAUACCUCAAAUGGAUGCCAUUCAAAUGGAACGGGUUUUCAAUCAAGUGCUAUCACGAGAUAUUAGUCGACAAUUAAUUGUCUACGAAACUGAAUACAAUUUGCUCCAAGAGGAAGUCUCCUCACUCUCCACUUCCUUUGGUUCAAACUUUGGUGCUAAUAAUGAACUUUUUGGUUCCAACGGUAACAUAACAAAUAAUCAAUCUAAUCAUCAUCAUCAUCAUAAUCACCAUCAAAUCUCAUUACCACCCACAUUAAGUCCAGUUAAAGGUCAACAAUUAAAGUCGACAAUUUCUUUCUCAACAGUAUCAACUCAAUAUGCUGAUGAUGGACAAAUAAAACAGCUGAUUAACAAUAAUUUCGUUGAUUGUUCAACGUCAACCGUUAAUUCACCAAUUAAAGAGUCACCAUUAGAUGUAAUCGACAGUGGUCAUCAUGAGGAUACUGGACGAUCAGCUGAGUUGGAGGGUGAAAAUAAAUUACUUAAAAGUCAAAACAUGGAGCUUCUUGAUCAGCUUCAUGUUGCACAAUCAAAUGUUUAUUCACUUGAAUCGUCAAUCGAAACACUUAAAUCAACAAUUAAACGAUUAGAAUCUCGAGUUAGAUCAGUUGAAGAGGAAAGAGAUGCUCUCUUCGAUUCUCUGAACAUGUUACGACAACGAACUACAACUUCCGCUACUCAAAGUGGAUCAUCUUCCAUACCAACUUCCGCCGGUGGGACACCAUUACCAUCGUCGCCGUUACCAGAAUCGCUACUGGAAUAG